CUGCCGUCGGCUCCGCGCGGGGGGGCGGGCCGGGCCGGCACCCCGGGGCGCCCGAGAGCGCUCAUCGCUUCUUCUCCUCCUCCCCCCGCUCCGCACUCCAGGGGCCCCUCUGCCCGAUCCACGCUGCUUUCAGCUCGCUGUGCUCACCCCUCAGCAAACUUUCGUUCCCUCCCUGUCCUUCGCCCGUUAUUCGUCGUGGCUCGGGCUCCGCCGCGCCGCCCCAAGGGCUCCUCCCAACCUCCCUACCUGCAGCUUUGACCCAUUACAGGACCCCGAAACAUGUCGACCACACUUCUGUCGGCCUUCUACGACUUCGAUUUCUUGUACAAGGCGGACAAGUCCCUGGCCAACAUAAAUCUGAACACCAUGCUGGACAAGAAGGCAGUGGGGACCCCCGUGGCCACAGCCUCCGGCUCGACCUUCGCGCCGGGCUUCCUCCGACGGCACUCGGCCAGCAACCUGCACGCGCUCGCCCAGCCCGCGCCCAGCCCCGGCAGCUGCUCGCCCAAGUUCGCGGGCGCCGCGGCGGGAGGUGCGGGCCCCUACGCGCCCCUCAAGGAGCCACCGUCUGGGGGCAGCAGCACGGCGCUGCUCAACAAGGAAAACAAGUUCCGGGACCGCUCGUUCAGUGAGAACGGCGAGCGGAGUCAGCACCUCCUGCACCUGCAGCAGCAGAAGGGCGGCGGCUCGCAGAUCAACUCCACGCGCUACAAGACCGAGCUGUGCCGGCCCUUCGAGGAGAACGGCACGUGCAAGUACGGCGAGAAGUGCCAGUUCGCGCACGGCUUCCACGAGCUGCGCAGCCUCACCCGGCAUCCCAAGUACAAGACGGAGCUGUGCCGCACCUUCCACACCAUCGGCUUCUGCCCCUACGGGCCACGCUGCCACUUCAUCCACAACGCAGACGAGCGGCGGCCGGCGCCGUCCGGCUCUGGGGGCGCCUCGGGGGCGGGGGACCCGCGCGGCGGUCUGGGCGUCCGCGAUGCUCUGCCCCUGGGCUUCCCGCGGGAGCCGCGCCCCAAGCUGCACCACAGUCUGAGCUUCUCGGGCUUCCCCACGGGCCACCACCAGCCCCCGGGCGGCCUCGAGUCGCCGCUACUGCUCGACAGCCCCACGUCGCGCACGCCGCCGCCGCCCUCCUGCUCCUCGGCCUCCUCCUGCUCCUCGUCCGCCUCCUCCUGCUCGUCCGCCUCCACGCCCUCGGGCGCCCCGACGUGCUGCGCCUCGGCCUCGGCCGCGGCCGCGCUCCUCUACGGCCCCGGGGGCACCGAGGACCUGCUGGCUCCCGGGGCCCCGUGCGCGGCCUGCGCGGCAGCCGCCUGCGCCAACAACGCCUUCGCCUUCGGGCCCGAGCUGGGCAGCCUGAUCGCGCCGCUGGCCCUGCAGACGCACGGCUUCGCGGCCGCCGCCGCCUACUACCGCAGCCAGCAGCCGCCCGGCCCCGCGGCGCCCCCGGCCGCCGCCGCCGCCGCCGCGCCGCCCUCUCCACCCUUCGGCUUCCCGCUGCCGCGCCGCCUGUCCGAGUCCCCCGUGUUCGACGCGCCCCCCAGCCCCCCCGACUCGCUGUCGGACCGAGACAGCUACCUGAGCGGCUCGCUGAGCUCUGGCAGCCUCAGCGGCUCCGAGUCCCCCAGCCUCGACCCCGGCCGCCGCCUGCCCAUCUUCAGCCGCCUCUCCAUCUCCGAUGACUGAGGCAAGGGGGCGCCAGUGAGGAAGAGGAAGGGGCCGAGAGGCGGGCUGGGCUGACGCCUCCCUCCCCGCCUCGCUCCUGCUGGGGUGGGGGGCGCCAGCUCCCGAGAGACCGAGCGACAGGCCCCCACCCCCGAGCACUUGGACUCGAACUCGGCUGGGAGGGCCCCGCCCCUUCCUCUUUCGGUUUUUUUUUUUUAAUUAUUUCUUAUUAUUACAAAAUUUUCAUUCUUGUUGAGCAAAACAAAAAAAGCCAACGAACUUUUUGUAUUGAUGAACAAAAUAUUCACAACAGGGCAGUUGUGAUGCGAAUAGAACAAAAAGGAAAAAAAACCAAGCAAACUUUGAGGUUUCCCGAUGAGUUUGGAACUCCAGGAAAAAUCAGCCCAGCACCAGCAGCUACAGCCACCAUUCCAUCUCUACACUUGAAGAAGCAUUAGUUACAGUCCAGAUGCGGAACUCGAUCUGAAAGUUCCUAAUUAUUUGUCUCCUACCAGUGUAAACAAACCAGCCAGCCCCCACCUUGCUGAACUGUAAGCUUUUAGAGCCCAAUAUUCUGCCAAGAAUAUGCCUUGAUAGCAGUCCUUCACCCUUAGGUUUGUUUUGUUUUUUUUAACGAAGUUCUAUAUGUCUGGGGAAAACCCAUUCAUUCCAAAGUCUGUACUGGUUACUGGUUUCAUUACUACCACUUAGUGGAUGUUUAGUUUAAAACCAUUUUGUCUGCUCUCUGGAAGCCUUGGGCAGAGCUUAGUUUGUAAAUUGUUGGGAAAUAACUGCUGAAUUUUUAGCUGUUUUUGAGUUGAUUCGCACCACUGCACCACAACUCAAUAUGAGAAAACUAUUUAACUUAUUUAUUAUCUUGUGAAAAGUAUACAUUUGAAAUUUUUGUUCAUACUGUAUUUAUCAAGUAUGAUGAGAAGCAAUAGAUAUAUAUUCUUUUAUGUUAAAUUAUGAUUGCCAUUAUUAAUCGGCAAAAUGUGGAGUGUAUGUUCUUUUCACAGUAAUAUAUGCCUUUUGUAACUUCACUUGGUUAUUUUAUUGUAAAUGAGUAAAAAUCUUAAUUUAAGAGAUUGUAUGUAAUAUUUAUUUCAUUAAUUUCUUUCCUUGUUUACGUAAAUUGCGAAAGAUUCCAUGAUUUCUUUACAGAAAUCUAUCUCGAUGCUGUGGAAAUAGUUUGACAGAUAUCUGAGUUUUCUUAGAAUGUAUAAUGGUUGUAGCCCAUCCACCUUUAGAGGAAAAAAAAAAAGGCCACAUUGCAAUCAGGCUCACAUGUGGCAUAUUUUGCUAAUUCCAAGUUUGAUAAACUAGCAAAAAAAUUUUUUUGCUGAUUCCACCAGCUCUACUGUGACAUACUCUUGAGUAUAAAGACAUGUAGCAAUAAAUAAUGGGGGGUAGUCUCACCGUGCCUUCAGAAGGGCCCGAACUUGCCUUAAUCUUCCUCAACCAAAUAAGUAUUUUUUAUUAGUGCUUGAAUUUGAAUGUAGGAUGGGUUCAACUGCACAAAAGAAGAUUUUUACCACUUUUUUUAUGCUAUAAAGUGAAGAGGCCACCUCUUAGUGCUGAAAUGGUAUAUAGUACGCGAAUAUGCCUUGUUUAAUUACCGAGAAUGCUAAAAUUUGUACUAUUUUUUCCCAUGUAGAAGGGCAGGAAUGUCUCGAGCUUUCCUGGACAGCAGAUGAAUGAGCAGCCGUAGUGUAGUUUGUAGGUACAGUUGGAGCACUAUGUAUGUACUCUCUGGACUACUUUGACAAGUAGGUUUUUGAAUGUAACAAGAUAAGUCAACUUGAGUUGUAAUAUAUUUGGGGAAUCAGUUCACUACAAAUUGUGACUGUAAACAUUGUACUGUAAAUGUUUUGUAGUUUGCCCCCAAUAAAACUUUGGGAAGAAGAAAA